ACACGUACGUACGUCCGUACGUACGUACAUAGCAUAUGCGCCAUACAGCUAGCGCGGCACUAGCAUCUAGCACACUGCAGCAAGAUGGCCGAUGCAAGCAAGAACGAUUGUCAUGCAAUUUUUAAACGCCUUCAUUCCAUACCAACCAAUAAGUGCUGCUUUGACUGCAACAGCAAGAAUUCCUCCUGGGCCAGUGUGACCUAUGGCGUCUUUCUCUGCAUUGAAUGCUCGGCAGUUCACCGCUCCCUUGGUGUCCAUCUCACCUUUAUAAGAUCCACUCAGUUAGAUUCUUGGACAUGGCCCCAGCUACGAGCAAUGCAAGUGGGUGGCAACACAAAUGCAACUGUGUUCUUCAGACAGCAUGGCACAUCCACCGCAGAUGCCAACAAGAAGUACAACAGCAGAGCGGCCCAGCUGUACAGAGAAAAGAUCAAAUCGCUAGCGGCUGCCGCUAUGAGGAAGUAUGGCACUGAGACCCUUCACAUCGGCGAUCUACAUGUAAGCUCGCCAGACCAGAAGGAAGUAGACUUCUUCAAGGAGCACACAGGGGAGCAUAAGGACUUCGUGCCGACCACAAACCUUCCCCAGCAGCAAGGCAUGAACCUACAUGUAAGCUCCUCCCCUCCAGUGGCAGAGGUUAAACUUGAACCGGUGCCCAUAAAGAACGGGCAGGACACACCAAAUGAAGAAGGAGACACCAGAGAGCCCAGCGUAGACCAUGUGUUAGGCACCUCUCCGUCCCAGUCAGUGGCUAAGGCAGAACCGAGGAAGUCCACCAUUGGCCAACGCAAGCCGAUGGGUGCAAAGAAAGGGCUCGGGGCCAAAAAGGGCAAGCUGGGAGCCCAGAAGGUGACGACAAACUUUGCCGACAUCGAGUCCGCUGCUCACCAGGCAGACUUGAUGAAGCAGGAGACAGUAGUCAAACACAAGAAGACCAAGGAGGAGGAGGAGGCAAAUAAGGCCUCCAUGCGCCUUGCCUACCAAGACAUGACAGUUGAACUCAAGAAGCAAGAGGAACGGAUGAAGACUGCAGACCCCAAGAAAGCCCAGCAGAUGGAGAGACUAGGAAUGGGUUUUGGUGGCCGGAGUGCUAUUUCCCACUCGGCCAUGAGCGAUAUGCAAACCAUCAAACAGGAGAAACCAUCGACAGCCAAGUCGCAGAGAUCGUCUAGCAGAGACUUCUUUGAUGAGUACGAUGACAGCCGAUCCUCUGGCUACGCGUCCAGGAACAAAGAUGACAUUUUCAGCAGUCGUAAAGUCAGAGAUGAUGACAAUGAUAAAGACGACUGGGACAUACUGGACAAGCCCAAAGAAACAGAUAAUUACGAAAGUAUCAAGCCUCUUGCAGACCGGAUGUCGUUGGGAAAGAAGAAGCAAUACGAAGCUGUCUCCAGCUCCACCGAAGCUCAGAAGAGGUUUGCAAAUGCCAAGUCCAUCUCUUCGGAUAACUACUUUGGAAAUACAGAGACGGACGCGGCCACUAAAUCCAACCUGGACCGUUUCACGGGCAAGAGCAGUAUAUCCAGCUCGGACUUCUAUGGAGACCAAUCGACCUCGGACGGCUCCUACGCAUCGGGACCUGACAUGGCCGCCAUCAAGGACGGAAUGAAGGACAGCGUGACCCAGGUGGCAGGAAGGUUAUCCCGGAUGGCCAACGGCCUCAUGAGCUCGAUACAGGAUAAAUACGGUUACUAGCCUAGUGUGCGGAAACCUUUCGUCAACUCUACUGGUAAGACAGAAAAAAGGGUAUUUAACAAGAAACAUGGAACUGUCAAAACUUAAAAGAUAUAUCUCCGGGCGGCAUUUGGUUGCUGAAGACAACCGUUUGCUUCUACCGACAUUAAGUUAGGGAAAUACAUAUCAAACAAUUGUGUUGGACAUCAAAAGCUGUUGUUUUGUAAUCAAGGACUUGGCUGACUGAUGCAUUUCUGUAAUUUCGAGGUGAAAAAAAA